UCCAAAUUUUACUCUUUAAAAAAAAAAAAAUCAAAUUUUUAAAAACUUAACUAAAAGCCUUCCUCUUUCGCUUUCUUCUGUACUUUCCACAUAGAAGUUUCUUCUUCGGCUCAGAGAAAGAAAGAGACUGAAGAUGGAAGAAGCUUUCAUGGCGAUGCUCUCGCAUCUUCUACAUCUCCAAAACUCUUUAGAUCCCACAAGCACUAUCUUCUCCUCUUCAACCUCCACAUCUUCACCGUCUUCCACCACGCCUUCCUCUCUCCUCUCCUCUUCCUCCGCCGCGCCUUUGCUCUUCUUCACCCUCGCUUCCCUCCUCUCGUUCCUCGCCGUCACCAGAUCCUCCUCUUCAACCAACUCCGGAGACUCCUCAUCCUCCGCCUCUCCUUCUCCUCCGCCGCCACUUCCCGACGGCGAUUACUCCGUCACCGCUUUCCGUGCCCUAGCCAACGACCACAUCUGGGCUCUCGACGCGCCUCUCCGCGACGCUCGCUGGCGCUCCUUGUACGGACUCUCGUACCCUGUCUUCACCACCGUCGUCGACAAGCUCCAGCCUUUCAUCACCGCCUCCAAUCUCUCCCUCCCGGCCGAUUACGCCGUCGCAAUGGUUCUCUCUCGUCUCGCGCAUGGUUGCUCAGCCAAAACCCUAGCUUCUCGCUACUCCCUCGAUCCUUACCUCAUCUCGAAGAUCACGAACAUGGUCACUCGCCUCCUAGCCACCAAGCUCUACCCGGAAUUCAUCAAGAUCCCCGUCGGAAAACGCCGAUUGAUCGAGACGACUCAGGGAUUCGAAGAGCUCACUUCUCUCCCAAACAUCUGCGGCGCAAUUGACAGCACUCCCGUGAAGCUCAGACGCCGUACGAAGCUAAACCCUAGAAACAUUUACAGUAGCAAGUACGGAUACGACGCCGUUUUGCUCCAGGUCGUCGCUGAUCACAAGAAGAUCUUUUGGGACGUGUGCGUGAAAGCUCCAGGCGGAGAAGAUGACUCUUCUCAUUUCAGAGACAGUCUUCUCUACAAAAGGCUUACUUCAGGAGACAUUGUGUGGGAGAAAGUGAUUAAUGUUAGAGGUCACCAUGUGAGACCAUACAUUGUAGGAGACUGGUGUUACCCUCUUCUUUCCUUUUUGAUGACACCGUUUUCACCGAACGGCUCAGGUUCGCCGCCGGAGAAUCUGUUCGAUGGAAUGCUGAUGAAAGGAAGGUCAGUGGUGGUGGAAGCUAUUGGAUUGCUCAAGGCUCGAUGGAAGAUUCUUCAGAGUUUGAAUGUUGGAGUGAACCAUGCUCCUCAGACUAUUGUGGCUUGUUGUGUGUUGCAUAAUCUAUGUCAGAUUGCUAGAGAACCUGAGCCGGAGAUUUGGAAAGAUCCAGAUGAAGCUGGAUCACCUGCAAGAGUUUUGGAGGGUGAGAGGCAUAACUACUAUUACGGGGAGAGCUUAAGGCAAGCUUUGGCUGAUGAUUUGCAUCAGAGACUCUCCACUAGGUAGAGACAUUGUGGUUGUUGUUGCUGUUCCUGUCUCGAUUUGUUAUCAUGUAAGAAGCAGGUGGAGACGCUCAAAUGA